GCAAUGUCACAGCUGUAUUACAAAAACACUGACAACUCUUCAUACAGGGACCGCAUCCCUCUGCGGAUUGUGCGGGCCGAGUCUGAGCUCUCUGCCUUGGAGAGGGCCUACCUGGGGGCUGUUGAGAAGGGGGACUAUGCCAGUGUGAAACAAGCCCUGGAGGAGGCUGAGAUCUACUUCAGGAUCAACAUCAACUGCAUCGACCCCCUGGGGCGCACAGCUCUGCUCAUUGCCAUUGAAAAUGAAAAUCUGGAGAUCAUUGAGCUGCUGCUCAGCUUUAAUGUAUAUGUUGGUGAUGCCCUGCUACAUGCCAUCCGCAAAGAAGUGGUGGGGGCCGUGGAGCUGCUGAUCAACCACAAGAAGCCGCAUGGGGAAAAAAAGUUACGGUCCAUGGUCCCACCAAUUCUACUGGACAAGCAGUUUUCAGACUUCACCCCAGACAUCACUCCAAUCAUCCUUGCCGCCCACACCAACAACUAUGAAAUCAUCAAACUGAUUGUUCAGCGAGGUGUUUCUAUACCUCAGCCACAUGCUGUGCGCUGCAACUGUGUGGAGUGUAUGUCCAAUUCAGACGUUGACGUCCUACGUCACUCGCGCUCUCGUCUUAACAUCUACAAGGCCCUUGCCAGCCCGUCUCUCAUCGCCAUCUCUAGCGAGGAUCCUUUCCUUACGGCUUUUCAACUCAGCUGGGAGCUGGGGGAACUCAGCACAGUAGAGAACGAGUUCAAGUCAGAGUAUGAGGAACUGUCCCAUAUGUGUAAACAAUUUGCAAAGGACCUCUUGGACCAGACCCGAAGCUCUAAAGAGUUGCAAAUAAUCCUCAACUACCGUGAUGACAUCAACCCUCUGCAGAAUGAGAACAAUACUGAUCUGGCCCGACUGAAGCUGGCUAUCAAAUAUUGCCAGAAAGAGUUUGUUGCUCAGCCCAACUGUCAGCAGCUGCUGGCGUCGCGGUGGUAUGAUGAGUUCCCAGGCUGGAGGAGGCGUCCCUGGCCAGGAAAACUCAUUACAUGUAUCUUCAUUGGCCUCCUCUUCCCACUGUUAUCCAUCUUCUACUUGAUCUCUCCAAAGUGCCGCUAUGGCUUAUUCAUCCGUAAGCCCUUCAUCAAGUUCAUUUGUCAUACUGCUUCCUACCUGACCUUCCUCUUCCUGCUCUUCUUGGCUUCGCAGCACAUAGCCUCCGCAACACGGAACAUCCAAGGCCCACCACCCACCAAGGUGGAAUGGAUGAUCCUGCCCUGGGUGCUUGGCUUUAUAUGGACGGAGAUCAAACAGAUGUGGGAUAGCGGUUUCAAAGACUACAUAGAUGACUGGUGGAACUUAAUGGACUUCAUAAUGAACUCCUUGUAUCUUGCAACCAUUUCUCUGAAAAUUGUUGCCUAUGCAAAGUACAAUGGGGGCAAAUGCUGCAGAGACAGCUGGGAAAUGUGGCACCCGACUUUGGUAGCAGAGGCAUUGUUUGCCAUCGCCAACAUCUUCAGCUCCUUGCGCCUCAUCUGUCUUUUCACUGCCAACUCUCACCUGGGCCCCUUACAGAUCUCACUGGGCCGCAUGCUCCUGGAUAUCCUCAAGUUUCUCUUUAUCUAUUGUCUAGUGCUGUUAGCUUUUGCCAAUGGCCUCAACCAGCUCUACUUUUAUUAUGAAACAAAGGAAGAUAAAUGCCAUGGCAUUCGCUGUGAUCGUCAAAACAACGCGUUCUCAACGCUGUUCGAGACGCUGCAGUCAUUAUUUUGGUCUAUAUUUGGCCUGAUUUCCCUCUAUGUGACCAACGUCAAACCAAAACAUGAAUUCACUGAGUUUGUGGGCUCUACCAUGUUUGGCACGUACAAUGUAAUUUCCCUGGUAGUGCUUCUGAAUAUGCUAAUUGCAAUGAUGAACAACUCCUACCAGCACAUUGCUGAUCAUGCAGAUAUAGAGUGGAAAUUUGCAAGAACAAAAUUAUGGAUGAGCUAUUUUGAAGAAGGGGGAACUUUGCCGGCUCCUUUCAAUAUAAUACCCAGUCCAAAGUCAGUUUAUUAUCUAUUUAGAUGGAUGAAGAAGUUUUUCUUUGAGAGAACAAGCAUAAAACGUCUUGAAACCUUUGAAACUUUGGGGAGACGUGCAGCCGAAAAUGUAAGAUUAAACCACGAGUAUCAGGAGGUUUUGAAGAACCUUGUGAAGCGGUAUGUGGCCGCAAUGAUCAGAGAUGCCAAGACAGAAGAAGGGCUGACAGAAGAUAAUUUCAAGGAGCUUAAGCAGGAUAUCUCCAGCUUCCGCUAUGAAGUCCUGGGAAUGAUGAGUGGUAAACCUCAAGGUGGGGUAGCAGGUAUCGUUGCAAGCUCCACCUUGGCUUACCCUGGAAACCCAUUCAAAUAUUCUCCAAAGUUUCCUAUUGAUGAGCCUCAACUGAAGCUGAACGUGUUUGAUAUGACCACCCCCACCCUACAGAGCGGAGCUGCCACCACCACCAGCUCUGUUGGCUCUAACAGGCAAGCCAAUGGUUCAGUUGUUCUGUCCAGACAACUUCAGACUGAGAAAGUAAUCGUGGAAUUCCUACAGAAAGUGGAUAAGGACAUUCAGGAGAUCGAACAUUCUCGCAAAGAUCACACUGAGGAAGUGAAAAAUGGGAUGAAAGAUUAAUCAAAUCAAGUGAGAGAUUUUAAUCAUGUUUUAAAACAUGUUUGGAUUGCAACUUUCAUUCAUUCAUCAACCGGUUGUAAACCAUCAAAAAUAUUAAAUCUCUCAUGACAAAAAUGUAAACUUUAUAUUCAGUUUAAAUAAUCUUGUAUUUUGUAAAAUAGUAUACAGUAUAAUGAAUGGUAUAAUAAGAUUAUGUUAUCACACAUUAUAUUACAUGCAUUCCCCUCUGAGAAAAUAUACAACACUACUGAGUGAGGAUUGACCUCAAUAAGUGCUAACUUAAAGCUCA